CACCUUGAAAGGUUGCCAAUGAAACAAUAUUAAUAAUUAAAUGAAGUGCAAUUAAGCUUGAUUUAAAUGUGUGAAAAUUGCUAACUAGUGUUGAAUUUUACAGUGAGACAAAAUGUAAAAAGUAAAGCGCAAAUUUCGAAAAAAAAAACAACAUAUAUACAUACAUUCAAAUAUCAAAAGUAAAAGCAAGAACAACUUUGUGCGACGUUUAUUAUCUCAAGUUUCAAUUGGAUUUAAUCAAAAUCAUAAGAAAACUCUGUCACACACACACACACACACACACACACACACUCGCACACGCGAGCCUAUUAACUUUGAGCGCGUUUUAGUGUAUUAGUGUGCUGCAUGUGUGAGCUUUGGGUACCUGCGCCUGUGUUUGUGUGUCCCAGUGCCGUCUGACCGAGAAACUCAGACUGAGACGCAGGCAGCGUCAGACGUCGGCGUCGCUGCAUUUCAUUGAGACGAACUUCAAACCGAGAGCCAGGCAACUUUGUUAGAGUAUCGGCGCGCGUGUGUGCGUGUGGUUAAAUUGAAGUAUGGUGAAAAUGGCCAGCGAGGAGACGGUCACCGAGGCCACCCGCACCGAGAAAGUUGAAUUGUCGCACUUUGGUGAAUUCUGCCAGCGACACGGCAUUAAUCCCAAUUUGAUUAUGCUGAAGAUAACGCUGUUUGUCAUGUAUGGAGCCACUUCAUCAUUGCUGCCCUAUUUGACGAUACACAUGCAAUCGAUUGGAUUGACGGUGGAGGAAAUAGCCAUUAUCUACUUGGCGUUGCCGUUCACAACUUUUCUCAGCCCUCCAAUAACAGGUUUUCUCGUUGACAAAUUUGGCAAAUACAAGCCAGUCGUUGUGAUGAGUCUUCUACUGAAUGCAAUUUUCCAUCACUCGCUGCUCUUCAUACCGCAGCAGGAGAUACCAGGAGUGGUCCCAUCGGCAUUUGUAAUACGGCAUCCGGAGAGCGGCGACACUGAGGUCUGGUGGUCACCUUGCCCCAGUAGAGAGUGUCCGGAAGAGCCCGAGCUGGAUUUGGCUGUGUAUCAAUGCGUUGACUAUUGUCUAAUGCAGGAGCAAGUAAAUCCAGAACUUUACUCCGAUGUGGCGCAGCAUGACAGGUCCACAACAAGGACGACCACGACGAGGGCAAUGCUCGGUCCAAGCAUGGAUGCGAAUGAGCCAGCCUUGGUGACCACAACAACAACAUCGACGACCUCUUCGCCAGCGUCGUCAUUACCAGCAAUAUUUGCAACACAAACGAGAAGCAGAUACCAAGAUGCACUUAAUAUGUCAUCGACCAUGUUCCCGCCACUGGAGAACGCUUCUGCCUUGUCCUUGCAAGUGCAGCAGCCACCCUCUGGCUCUGCUUCAUCGGCAGCCGUGGAAUUGUCAGCCAUGUCCAUGCAGGGAUUGAAUCUUUCUGCGGGCAGUACGGGCGACAAAUCAAAGGCCAGCAGCAGUUGGGUGCAUUCGGAUGAUGCGGAUGCGACGUACUUUAUGCUGCAAAUGCAUCCCGAUUUGGCGGACCCCACCGAGCAGCUGGGCAUGGAAAUCGAGCAAGAUGACAACGAGACGGUCACCGAUAUUAGGCAACGUUUUGGCGAGGACAGGCUAGUGAAAAUGCAAAUCAAUCUCACUGACAUGGACGACCUGGAUUUGCGAUGCGGAGGCCUGGUUAGGCGCACCAACAUGUCCUAUGUGAACACAAAGGCCGUCAGGUGCUUGAUGCAACGUUGCACGUUCACAUUGAAUGCUCCCGAAAUUUGCCCACCUGACUACAAAGAAACCGACGACACAAUUUUCUGGAUAUACUUUCUACUACGAUUUCUGGCAACGACCAUGUUGUCGGCAGGAGUCACCAUUAUGGAUCCCAUUGCACUGACGAUGAUUGAGAAGUUCGGAGGAGACUUUGGACGUGAACGCUUGUUUUCGAGCAUUGGCAUGGCCAUCUUCUCGCCCAUUACGGGUAUCAUGAUUGACUACUCGUCAAGGGGAUUGGGCUACACAGACUACUCGGCUGCCUUUUAUACGUACGAUGUGCUGCUGGUCAUAUCGACAAUGUCUGUGCUAAUGAUGCCGCUGGGCGAGAAGCUGCCGGCGGAUAAUGUUUUUCGGGAUUUAUGGAAUCUAUUGAAAAUGCCGCACGUGAUUGCCUUUAUAAUAUUUCUGUUUGUGCUCGGAAAUUUCUGGGGCUUUAUCGAGAGCUUUCUAUUUUUGUAUCUCAAGGAGCUGGGCGCUCCUAACUACUUGUUGGGCAUUACAAUUACUGUGGGCACCGUGAGCAGCAUUCCAUUUUUGUAUGGUGCGGAGAAAAUCACACGCAUAUUUGGACACGUUAAUUUGAUUAUCAUAGCGUUCUUUUCGCACGCCGGACGCCUAGUGGGCUAUUCCUUUAUCGAAAACGCCUGGUGGUGCUUUCCGUUCGAGGCCAUGGAAUCGCUCUCCUGCCACCUGAUGUGGGUGGCAGCUGCCACCUACUGCUCCAUAUUGGCACCCAAAAGCUUGCUUGCCACGCUGAUUGGCGUACUCGGCAUGGCUCAUUUUAGCUUGGGACGCGGCAGCGGCAGCUUUACGGGCGGCCUGCUCAUCGGACAGUUUGGCACACGCGAUGCAUUCCGUUACAUGGGCCUGCUUGCCGUGGUGGGCGGCAUUGCGUAUGGGCUGCUGCAUCUCAUUUGGCUGCGCAAAUUUGAUCACACGACGGAGGAGUCCGAGGAGGAGGUUGAGGCCGUCGAGGCUGGCGAGACCGAAAAGCUGACCGAGCCCGCCACCAAGGAGCAGGGCACAUCGAUGUCGCUGGAACGCCUCAGCCUAAUGAUCAAGUACAAUCAGAUUGGCAGCCUGUCAUCGCUGCCAAGGGGCUCGAGGGCGGACAUACACGACCAUUUAUCGGUGCGCCGCAGCAGCUACAACGUGGAGUCCUUGAGGGGCGUGCCCCGGCACGGAAACAUUGGCAAUAGCGCCUCCAAGGUGGAUAUACUGCGUUCGGCGCUCGAAAUUAAUCACAAGUCCUCCAACAAUUCGAUGCUGAGCAAAGCCGAUAACAAAACGUCAAAUCAAUCACUGGGACGAAAUCGUGCCGACAGUGCGCCCAAAUUGAAUCACAGCAAUCUGAAGAACAUUUCACAGCCCGCCCUGGAGGGUGUCGUUUUGGAGGGCGUGGAAUCAACGUUCUUUCCGAGCCGUAUGAAAAAGUAUCCAAGUGGUUUGUUAACUUCAAUACCCGCUGUGGAUUUAUCCGUUAUACCCAGCUCUAUGUUAAUGGAUCAGGAGGGACCCAAGGUAAUACCCGAGGAAACGGAACUAAAUUCGUCCAAAACAACUGUGUCUGGCUGCUUGGAGGAGGCGGCAUCUAAGGCCGAGUCCAUGGGCUGUGAGAAGAGCGUGCAGGAUGAUGACAAUUGAAUGGGUUGUGUUGGCCAACCAACUGAUGCGUACUUGGGGCGUAGAGUGAUAUUACAAAACUCAUUGAAAUUAUAAAUGAAACAACAACAAAAAGAAAAUCAAUAAAAUAGGCGCUACUUGAGAGAUAUUGAAUAACGCUUGUGUGGCAUUUAAAUGUUAAACAAUCUAUUGUUAGUUGUACAUUUGUUACGAAUAUGUUAUAUUAUAUUAUGCAAAUAAA